UGCAACGCCAAAAAAGCCAGUCGAAGCGAAACUCUUGACAAAGUUGAACGCGUUUUGUGGCUGUGGCGUCGGAGUGCGUUUUGUCGUCGGUUGCGGUAUAUUUGCGUUUUUUAGUUAUUUUCGGGUUGAAAAAUUCGCGUUCGUUCGUUUGCCGCAUUGUAGCACCGGGCCGUGCGUUGGUGUGUGCUUCGUACGUGUGCGUGUGCGUGAGAGUGUGCAUAUGCUAUACACACGCGUUCACCGGACGUCUAGACGGUAUCAACGCUAAUGGAAAUUUUUGACUGCUAGUCGAAUAUUUUAGAAAUUUGCAUAAAAAUUGUGGUGCGCAAAAACUAAGGGAAACAAAAAAACUUAUUGCACGAAAGUGCGGUUUUACUUUCUAUUGCCGAAAUCGUUUAAAGGUGUGCAUGCAAUUUACUUAAGAAAAAUGUUGAAAUUCUUUAAUCUGAAAAUUUAAGGAUUAAAAUUUACUUAAUGCGUUUCAUAAGUCAAUCUUAUGUUUGUUUUCAUGUGUAACUUGUCUGACUAAAAUAAAAAUCAAUAAAUGCUGACAACUUUUUUGGCUAUCUACUGUGUACUGUGCUCCGAAUUGAGUUUAGUAGCGGCUAGCAGCGCCAACAGUAAAAGUGACACUAUUACGGGUUAAAACAAAUACAAAUCAGUUGGAAAAUAAACACAAGCCGUAGUUAAACUGAAAAAUACACUUGUGUCUAGUGUUGUCCACCAAUGAAGAAAGUACCCUUAAACAAAAUACAUUUAAUUGCACAUAAACAAAUACCAGAAAACCAAACAAAUAUUUAAACAAGACCAAAAUAUAAACCAAAUUAAAAAGAAAAUAAGCUGGGAUAAGCAAAUUUGGCAAAAUGUAAAUAAAAUUAUGCAAAUCAGUGUAGAAACAAAUAUGAAAAAUUAAAAGCAUGUUGAAGAAAUAAGAAGAAUAAGUCGCAAACAGAACUUAAAACAACAGACCAGCAAAACUCCGGAGCAAAGAGCAAAAAAAAAAACACAUUUAACAGAAAAAUUAGCAAAGCGCGCGCCAACAAUUAGUGGUGAGUAAGAAAAAUAUAAAUUACCAUAACAUACAUAGUGUGUGAGUUAGUGAAGAGCGAACAAUAAUAAUAAGUUGAUGAAAUAAGCAGUAGCAAAUUAAAUAUAAACCGCUUAUGAAAAUAACGAGCUAAAGUGGUGGCGGCCAAAAGGAAAAGGAACAACAAGCACAGCACCAAAAAAAGUAUCCUACAACAAAAAAUAAAAAUAAAAUAAAUAACAAACAAACAAAAAAAAAAAAACGCAAACCCCAAAACACCGAAAGUGGCAAAGUGAAAAAAUGAGCGCUGCUGCGUGCGAAAGUUUUCCCCGUGGAACCGUCGCGGCGUAGUUAGCGAGAAAAUGAAAAUUUGUAAAAGAAAAUCAAUUUCAUAAGCAACAAUAAAAACAAAAUUUCCAUCAACCCCGAGACAAGAAAAUAAUAAAGAUCUAAACCAAAAAAUAAAUCACCAAAAAAAAGUGCGCCAAAGAGGCUCAAGUGCGGAUACAAACAACUUGGCUAAGCUACUUGGCUAACGUGACGACGCGUCGUGGAGCCGACGCUGAAAUAUAUAUAUUUCAUACUUAGCACAGCUAAUGGCAACGGCCGUGCAACAUAAAAGGUACAGAGCAAACUUUUGUGAAUGAAAGCAAAAUAACCGCAAAUAAGUAAGCAAACGCCAACAACAAAAGCGACCAUAUCGAUUUUUGUGUAAGACAAAUGCUGAAAGUAAACACCAGGAAAAAAUCAACUCUUCCGCUGGUACACUUGAUUUAUCGAUAAGUGGAUGGUCUUUUAUGCUGGGAAAUUGAUUGUUCGACACUUGCAUAAUACGUUCAUAAGUCGCUGUGUCAUUGCAACACAACAAAUAGCACGUAACAAUAAAACAAAACGCUUUCGAUUAAAAUAAACAGUUUACAUACCACCAUGCCACUCUGGUUUUACCAAUCGAAAUCUAAUUAAAUUAAUUCGCCAUUUUCGCAAAGUUUACAUUGCAAAUCGCCCAACGAUUUUUACAAACAAACAUAGUCGCCAGUUACAUAGUUAUGCCACUAGCGUGCCGUUAUUUUAACUGUUACUGCAACCGUUCAACUGGCUGGAAAUUACGUGCAAUGCCAGAAUAGCAAAAUUAAUAGCGGCAGCAGUAACAGUACCAUUGACAUUGACCACGGAGGCCAGCAACAGCUAAACACAAUCAACCUUUUGCACGCUUUCAUGCCACACUUUGCCACCAAAAUGAACGGGGUGGCAACCUUCUGUUGAGCCACUAACUACAAAGUGCCGAAAAGGAAUCUAAAAUUCAGCAGCGAGCAGUGGUGAAUGCAGAAAGUCAAACGAAAACGGAAAAUAUCAUAAAAUGGCUACAAUAAAAAAUCGACAAUUGAAUUCAUUCAAAUUGCAACAACAGACGCACCAGCAACAGAAGCAACAGCAGCGACAGCAGCGAUGGCGGUGGUGGUGGUGGCGGCAGUCCCCUGAAGCCAGCUGUCGCAGCGCAUUCGCUUUGCUAAGCCGUUGUUCGUAUUGCGCAACAAAUUAUUUGAAAAGUUAUUGCCGCAUUAAGCGGCAUGGUGUUAAUAAAAAUAAAACUUUAUGUUGGCUGACAUUGACUUUGAUUUUAUUGAGCUGCAGCAGUUGGCAUGGACGACGAGGCCGUGGCGGCCGCGGUGGCAGCGGCGUUGGUGGUGGAGGCGGCGGUGGCGGCGGCGGCGCUUUCUGUUAUGCUCUUGAUAUUGGCACCUGUAAGCAGCCUCUCGGCAUGGAAUCCGGUGCCAUUGCUGAUACGCAAAUCACCGCCAGUUCAGCACAUGACAUGGGCAAUGUGGGCCCACAACAUGCCAGAUUGAAGGUCGACAAUAAUGGCGGUGCUUGGUGUCCAAAACACAUGGUAUCGCGUGGCCUCAAAGAGUAUUUACAAAUUGACUUGCUACAGGUGUAUGUCAUUACUGCGAUACGCACCCAAGGUCGUUUUGGCAAAGGUCAAGGUCAAGAGUAUACAGAGGCCUAUGUGCUGGAGUAUUGGCGUCCUGGAUUUGAGAAAUGGCUACGCUGGAAGACCAUACAAGGCAAAGAGAUCUUGCCAGGCAACAUUAACACCUACAGUGAAGUGGAGAAUGUCUUGCAGCCGACCAUUUUCGCCUCUAAGGUGCGCAUUUAUCCAUAUAGUCAAUACGAUCGCACUGUCUGCUUGAGGGCCGAAGUGGUCGGCUGUCUUUGGGAAGAUGGCAUCGUUUCGUAUAGCAUACCCAAAGGCGUUCAGCGUGGCAUGGAAAUUGAUUUAUCGGACAAGACGUAUGACGGUCAUGAAGAUGGCGAUCGCUAUGUAGAUGGAUUGGGACAAUUAGUAGAUGGACAAAAGGGCAAGGAUAAUUUUCGAACAGAUAUACAUGGAUUUGGAAAAGGUUUCGAGUGGAUUGGCUGGCGAAAUGAUACCCCUAAUCUAGUUGGUAAUCCGGUGGAAAUUACGUUCGAAUUUGAAAGCGUACGAAAUUUCAGCGCUGUCAUAUUGCAUACGAACAAUAUGUUUUCCAAGGAUGUGCAGGUUUUUGUGCACGCCAAGGUCUUCUUCAGCAUUGGCGGACGUCAAUAUGCCGGCGAACCGGUGCAAUUUUCUUAUAUGCCCGAUACGGUGCUGGAUCAUGCACGAGAUGUGACAAUCAAAUUGCAUCAUCGUCUGGGAAAAUAUUUACAAAUACAUUUGUACUUUGCAGCGCGAUGGAUAAUGCUGAGCGAAAUAACAUUCAUAUCAACACCCGUUGUUGGUAAUUUCACAGACGAAGAUUUCGCUGGUGGUGGUGGUGCCAUUGGUGUAGGCGCAACGCCACAAGAUAAUGCAGAAUAUCCAUUGCAGCGUGAUGAAGUGGAGCGCGUCAUUAAUGGAAAAUUUGGUGAACGCAGUCAGCAGCAAACGCCAUUGGUUAUUUCACCCAAACCAAUUGAUCAUCCGGAACCGGAAAGCAGCUUAAUUGGCUACAUAUUUGCCGUAUUAGUGGCCAUAAUUUUGGUGCUAGUCAUUGUCAUACUCUUAAUUGUCAUACGUAAUAAGCGCGGACGUGGCGGUAAUGUGCUCGAUGCAUUUCAGCACAAUUUCAAUCCGGAUACACUUGGCGGUGCUGAUAAACGCCUCAACUGCAAUGGCAUGAAGGCCGUCACCAUGGACAAUGACACGGAGUCCAUUGACAAGAGUAGCCUGUAUCAUGAGCCAUUUAAUGUGAACAUGUACACAAGUGCAGCGAGCGGCUGCUCCAUGAAUGACAUGCAACGACAACAUGUCACACCGGACUACACAGACGUGCCCGACAUUGUGUGCCAGGAGUAUGCAGUGCCGCAUAUGCAAGACCUAUUGCCCAGCGCACAAAAAUCCAACUCCAUUUAUGGCGCCAGUGCCGGUGGAAGUACCAGUAACUACAGCACUAGUGCACGCAAUACCCUCAACAGCAUGUUCCAAUCCAAAUUGUCCACUGCCAGUCAAAAACUACAGCAACUCCAACAUCAGCAUCCAUAUCAGUCGCAAUCGACGCCCCCACCACCGCCAGCACCGAACUCUGCAACAGCAGCAGCAGCAGCAGCAACUACGCAUUGCCCACCACCACCGAUACCACCACUACCGCCACUAAUGGGAAAUGCUAGCAACGAAAAAUACUAUGCAACCACAGCGAUUUGCAAAGCAAAUGCUACCAUCGCCGCCGCUAAUGCCCUGCAUGGUGCUGCUGCCGGUGGUAGCGCCUCCAAUGGGGGUGCCACCUGCAAUACGCUGCCCAAUGGCAGCAUUGGUGCUGGAAGCGGCAGUCUCGCCUCAACAACGGCCAGUCUUGCAUCGAGCUCUACAACGCCUACGGGCGGUUAUGGUUAUUCAAGUUCGGCCGGCACUUUAGCUGGUAUAAAACCGCAUCAUUACAAUUUGGAUUUGAGUGGAAAUGGCGCUGGUACUGAUGUCAACAACGAGGAGCAGGCCAAUUUUCAGGUGCAAGAGUUUCCGCGUCAAGCUCUGGUGAUAGUCGAAAAAUUGGGUUGUGGUGUUUUUGGCGAGCUACACUUGUGCGAGACGAAGGGUAUGAGCGCCAACUUGGUUGCGGUCGCUACUCUCCGGCCCGGCGCACCCGAACAUAUGCGCAAAGAAUUUCGCAGUAAGGCGAAACAACUGGCGCGUCUCAACGAUCCAAAUGUGGCGCAUUUACUAGGCGCUUGCCUGCGUGAUGAGCCCAUUUGCAUGGUAUUCGAUUACUCUGAAUGCUUGGGUGAUUUGAAUCAAUUCCUACAGGAGCAUGUAGCCGAAACGACGCACAGCCUACAGGCGGGUAUUAUGACGAAUAAGAGCUUAAGCUACGGCUGCCUGGUGUACAUGGCUACGCAAAUUGCAUCGGGCAUGAAACAUUUGGAGCAGAUGAAUUUCGUGCAUCGCGAUCUGGCAACAAGAAGUUGCAUUAUUGGCCCGGAAUUGACGAUAAAAGUCUGCUCCAUUGGCACUGUGAUAAAUCGCAUCGCUUACGCGGCCGACUACUGUCAGCUGGAGGGUACUUCCGGACGUCAAACGCAACCGAUGCCCAUACGAUGGAUGGCAUGGGAAAGUGUGCUGCUGGGUAAAUUCACAUCAAAAUCGGAUGUUUGGUCUUUUGCCGUAACGCUGUGGGAGAUAUUAACUUUUGCGCGCGAACAACCCUACGAACAUUUGACAGAUGAGAAGGUCAUCGAGAAUAUCGGACAUAUUUAUGCAGAUGAUAAGUUGCAUGAGCUGCUGCCGAUGCCGCUGAAUUGCCCGCGUGAAAUCUAUGAUUUAAUGUGCGAAUGCUGGCAGCGAAACGAAUCGAGUCGACCAAAUUUCCGCGAGAUACAUCUAUUCCUGCAACGGAAGAAUUUAGGCUUCAAGCCCAACAAUGCAAUGCAUUACUAAAAUUUGCAAAAAAAAAAAGAUAGAAAUAUUUUGCAAAACAAAACCAACGAUUUUGCAAAAAAUCUCGAAAAAAUGGUAAGCUACACAAAAGAUGUGCAUAAAUCAUAAAAAAAAAAAAAUUAUAAAACACCGCUUGAAUGGCAGAGAAACCGUAGCAUUUUUAUGUAAAGAAAAAAAUAUUAUGAGCAAAGCAAAACCUGGCGAAUUUACUACUUAAAUAAACGUAUGUAUGUAUGUAAGUGACAAAUGACUAGUGACUAAUGACAACUUACAGCUGGGCGUGAAGAGUUAUGCUGUAAGAAAUUAUCAUUUCACUCAGUAACUGUAGUUAAGUACUUACUUCGUAGAAAUGUAAUAAUAAAUAAGUAAUUGUGGUGUAAUUCUGUAGCUGUUAAGCGAGGCAAAACAAAAUAUAUUUUCUGAUGGAAAAGGUAAA